UACGUUUGUAUGUAUAUUAUACAAUAGUAGUUACCAUUACGACUUGAAUGUGAUUUAAUUUGUUAUUAUUUACUUUGUGGUGCUAUAUUAUUGUUGAUUACGCGUUCGAUUUAAUAUGCAUAUUGCAUUUGCAUAAUAUUGUGUUGCAUCUCGUGAACGGUCGAGAAAUGAAAAUUACCGUUUCGUCGUUAUAAGAAAUCAUAAUGAUACUGUGUAGUAUGCCCGUCGUUAAGUUUAGUUUGCGAGUGCAAGAGGCAAAACGAAUGACAUCUAAUGAAUUAAUGUUUAACAAGAAGAAAUAAUAAUUAAUUUAAAUCAGAUGUAUUUGUGAUAUAUCAAUAUAUGUAGAUUUAUCCACAUUCUAAUAUUCCACUCAUCUAUACGCAAACAAAUUUUUAGAUUUGAAUACGUUUUGGAGCUCUACACCGUAAUGAUUCUAAUUUUUACUAACCGUUAUCAAUUUUUAUGAGUGAUGAUUUAUCAUAAAAAAAAAUUAGGUAUAGGCAUUAGGCGUAUAUUAAUAUCCAUACGAAGUUAUAAACUGAAUCACUAAAUUGGGGCUCUUUGAAAGUAAACAAUAAUGGAAGAUGUUGGUGACAUCGAAGACUUGAUAUCUUCCAUUGCCGAUGUUGCUGAAAUUGGUAGAGUCAAACCUAGGAACAUUGUAUCUUUGCGUCCCAAAGUUAAGGACAGACCACUAAGGGAAAAUCAUCAGCCACCAUCCCAAAUCCCUGGUACUCAAACAAUAUUUAUUAAGACUUGGGGAUGUUCACACAACAGCUCAGAUGGGGAAUACAUGGCAGGGCUUCUAUCAAAUUAUGGAUACAAAAUAACUGAGGAUAAAGCUAUUGCUGAUCUCUGGAUACUAAAUAGCUGUACAGUAAAAAAUCCAGCUGAAGAUCAUUUUAGAAAUGAAAUUUGUGCUGGGAAAAAAUCUGGAAAAUUUGUAGUAGUGGCUGGUUGUGUACCUCAGGGUGAUAAAAAAUCUUCUUUUAUUCAGAAUCUAAGUGUUAUUGGCGUUCAGCAAAUAGACAGGGUAGUAGAAGUUGUAGAAGAAACAUUAAAAGGACAUACUAUUCGUUUGUUGGGUCAAAAGAAGAUAAAUGGAAAAAAAGAUGGCGGUGCCAGAUUACAAUUACCUAAGAUGCGCAAAAAUAAAUUAAUUGAAAUCAUUGCUAUCAGCACUGGCUGUUUGAAUCAGUGUACCUAUUGUAAAACGAAACAUGCAAGAGGCAACCUUGGUAGUUAUCCUCCAGAUGAAAUUGUACAAAGAGCCAUAGAAUCGUUUAAUGAAGGUGCUGUUGAAUUAUGGCUAACAAGUGAAGAUACUGGUGCAUACGGAUUAGAUAUACAAACAAAUUUACCAGAACUUCUUUGGCGUUUAGUUGCUAUCAUACCUGAAGGUUGUAUGAUGCGCAUUGGUAUGACUAAUCCACCAUACAUACUCAAUCAUCUAGAGGAAAUAGCCAAGAUUUUAUCUCACCCUAGAGUGUAUGCAUUUUUGCAUGUGCCUGUACAAUCGGGAAGUAAUCAAGUAUUAGCAGACAUGAAACGUGAAUACUCUAUAGAAGAAUUUGAAAGUGUUGUUACUUUUUUGAGACAAAGAGUACCCGGAGUUUCUAUUGCAACAGAUAUUAUUUGUGGUUUCCCAACUGAAACAGAAGAAGACUUUUCUGAAACAAUGAGUGUUUGUGAAAAAUAUAAAUUUCCUAGUUUAUUUAUUAAUCAAUUUUACCCACGUAAAGGUACACCAGCUGCAAGAAUGCCUAAAAUUCCCACAGAUAUGGUUAAACUUCGAACUAAACGUCUUACAGAAUUAUUUCAUUCUUAUACCACUUAUGACCAUAGAAUCGGGGAAGUACAGGAGAUUUUAAUAACCGAAGAAGCCAAAAAUGGUAUUGAGUUAAUUGGACAUAAUAAAUAUUAUGAACAGGUUUUAGUGAGAAAAGAACCCGAAUUAAUGGGCAAGUGCAUUAAAGUAAUCGUGAAGUCUGCAAAAAAACAUUGUCUAAUAGCUGAAAUGGUGGAUAAACCAAGAAUUAUUAAAAAUAAUCUUCAAAGAAUCAAUGAUAUGUACUCAAUUUGGCCUGUAUUUGCUUUAUUAGUUUGCGUUUUAGCAAGAAUACUUUGGUUAUUGGUGUAACAUAAAAUCUAAUGUAGUGUAUAUAAAAAAAGCUUUAACACAUUUUCAUGACCUCCAUGUAACUUCAACUUCAUCUGUCCUAAACCUAAGAAAAAUUAUUUAUGAUUAAAUUAAGACUAUUUUAGAAAUUAAUAA